GCCUCCCAGCCUAGAACCUAUCGGAUUUCAUUGCGGACACCAGAGGCGACCUCCCACUUGCCGACAGCGGCCGCCGAAUCUUUGAGAAGACCAGUCCAAUUGACAACCUACGAAAGAUCCCACAACAUGAUCCUCCUCGAUGCCGCCGGCUUGCGUGGACUGCAGCACAAAAGAACAGCGUGUUCCUGAUCGGACCAACAAACCAUGGCGCUGCUGCAAACUCGAAUAAAGACGUUGUCGCGGGGUGGAAAACCCCCACGUCACGUGAAGCCGGGCCCCCAAAGUGUCGUGGGCGUCGUCGCUAGGCCAACCAUGUUGCACCUUCACUUAGCUGGUAAACAUGGCCAGCCAAGCAAGGCAAGUAAACUUUCAAGAAUCUCAAGUCUUCUCACUGUGCCAUUAACUGAAUGCAUGGCAUGUUUGCCGCAUGAGACUACAAACAAGAACAACAUUCCACUGCAAUCAGCCGACACUUGCUCAGGAAUGGCUGGCUUCAACUCCCUCAACCCCCUGACUGUCACAAAGCGGUCAUCCCCUUCAAAAUACUCCAAAAUCGAUACUCGAAUGCCCAGACGGCGAGAACGCGAUCUUGAAAAACAUGAUUACUCUGACGAUUCAGAUGAUGAGUCCGAUUACUCCUCCGAUGCAUCCUCGCCUGUUUCUUCCCGAGAGACAUCUGGCUCCUACUCAUCGAACCGACCAAUGUUACGGAGGAAGUCGUCAGCAGGUUCCCAGAGACCUGCAUACUCAAGAUACAGACUUCCAAACAGGGUUAUGCGGUACUUGUGCUUAGCACUGAUCUCCACGAUUGUUAUUUUCAUGUUAAGCUUAGUUCGAAUGAGUGUUGUGUCCUCGCGGCGAGUAGAAGCUGGAGAUCUUGGGAAACGGCCACCACCCCCACCCGAGCCGUGGAAGUCGUUCAAGUUCCUAUCGAGAUAUUACGGUGGCAUCAGGACCCUGGUACCAUUAUCGGAACGCCAGCCAGAGUAUCCGUCUGCAGCUGAUGAACUGCCUGCCUCGAACGAGACGACCACUAUCCCAAUCCGAGAAAUUCCGUCCAGCAAACCAUUUGACGCAUUCAAGCACCAAGCCUCGGAAUCUUAUUUGAGCGAACAUGCCCCAGUUCAGGAAUGUUUUCUUGAUUUAGAAUCAACCAUUCGCAUUCCCCAACUGCAAUACUAUCAGGGCAGGCCCAGCGGUUUCCCUGAUAAUGUGGUAGGAUCUUAUGAACUGCUUGGCCUGCCGGAGGAUAUUUGUUUCGAACGAUUUGGAAGAUUGGGACCUUACGGCUUCGGAUACUCUUCGAAGUAUGGAGGUACCGAUACAGGUGAACAUGGAGACACGGAAGGAUCAGGUUCGGUCUGGGUAGAUAACUCGGAGCCUGGGCUCAACCAGGUUGACUAUAGAAAGGUUAACUGGGGAGCUGCUCAGAAGAAGUGCUACGAAGCCAAUAUUGCACGAUUCGGGCCACAAUCUCCUCUCGUCGACCUCCCCACAACAUUUUCCGUCCUUGGCCAAGAUACCGACAGGACGGAGAAGCAGGAUGUACACCCAAGAUCAACUUUAGAUGCGAGAGCCAAUACUACGUUGAAUGAAAAGUAUCUGCCUCGUACUGCUGUGGUGGUUCGUGUAUGGGAUGAUUUUGCGUAUCGGGAGGAGGAUAUAAUUAACCUCAGGGCAAUGGUUUCGGAGCUGUCUCUGAGCUCGGGUGGAGAGUACUAUGUCCAUCUUCUUGUUCAAGUCAAGGAUGAAGCAAGACACCCAAUCUGGGCGGAUCCUGAAACAUAUCAGCAACAUUUGGCCGAGUGUGUGCCUGAUGAAUUCCGCGAUAUUGCAACAUUAUGGAGCGAAACGCAGAUGCUCAUGUUAUAUCAGGGCAUCUUCGAUACCUUUACCCGUGGUCUUCCCGUGCAUGGCCCUUAUCGAGGUCUACAAAUGGCAAUGCAGCAUUUUGCCCAAAGGCAUCCCGAGUAUGACUUCUUUUGGCAUUGGGAAAUCGAUAUUCGUUAUACUGGCCACUACUACAACCUGUUCUCACAGGUCGAGUCAUGGGCCAAGAAGCAGCCACGGAAAGGGCUUUGGGAGAGGAGUGGCAGGUUCUACGUUCCCUCGGUCCAUGGAUCUUGGGAGGACUUCAAGCAGAUGGUUCGCGUUCAAACGGAGAUGGGCACAGAGAACGCUGAAGACAUGUGGUCUGGCGUCAAGGGAGCUAAGGUGCAACCGAAAGGCGACAAGCCAAUCUGGGGCCCCGAACGGCCCCAAGACCCCGAGGACUGGUUUGAGGUCGAGCUUGACCCCAAACCUGUGGGUAGCUACGACAGGGAUAAGUAUGCGUGGGGAGUUGGUGAAGACGCUGAUCUUAUAACUUUCAACCCUCUCUUCGACCCCGAAAAAACGACUUGGUUCCUGGCAAACGAUAUCACAGGAUAUAACGCCACCGAUAGACUGCCUCCUCGUCGAGCAGCGAUUGUUACGUCUUCGAGGAUGUCAAAACGACUUCUCAGAACGAUGCACCGCGAGACGGCAUUCAAGAAACAUCAUGCGUUCUCCGAGAUGUGGGCUCCCACAGCUGCAUUGCACCAUGGAUAUAAAGCCGUCUACGCCCCGCAUCCCAUGUUUGUGGACAGAGAAUGGCCCACGCCGUAUCUGGCAGGAGUUUUGAAUUCAGGGAGGAAUGGUGCAACUGGGGGUGCAAGAACAAGUGUGUUUGGCGAGAGGGAGCACAAUCUGUUGGGCAUGACUUGGUAUUAUAAUGCUGGGUUUGCGCCGAAUCUUUGGAAGAGAUGGUUAGGGUUGAAGGUCAACAAUGAGGGUGGUGAAGAAUUUGAAUUGACGGUUGAUGAGGGCAGAAGCGGCAAUGGUGUGAAUGAGAUGAGAGGUGGAGAAGGGAGAAUGUGUCUCCCUCCCAUGCUCUUACAUCCAGUGAAGGAUGUGGAGUUGCCCGUGGAGGGAACAAGGGAAGAGGAAGAUGUACCGGAAAGUGACCCUAGUGCCUGAUUAAUGUAAGAUUUGGACAGCGGCGUUUUGAGCGUUUUGAAGGUAUAGGCGAAGGGUUUUGG